AUGCAAACUCGUAUCCUCUUGGUAAAGUUUGUCUUAUUAGCAUCGUGUCUCAUACAUUCUCGAGUUUGCUCUCCGUCUUGUAACUUCCCGGCGAUUUUCAACUUCGGCGAUUCUAAUUCCGACACCGGUGGCCUCUCCGCCGCAUUCGGACAAGCCCCUUACCCUAACGGUCAAACCUUUUUCCACUCCCCUUCUGGUCGUUUCUCAGAUGGUCGACUAAUCGUUGACUUCAUAGCGGAAGAAUUAGGGUUACCAUACCUUAAUGCUUUCUUAGACUCUAUCGGUUCAAACUUCAGCCAUGGUGCUGAUUUCGCCACCGCUGGUUCCACCGUCCGGCCACCGAACUCCACCAUUUCUCAGGGCGGUGCGAGUCCCAUCUCCCUCGACGUUCAGUUGGUUCAAUUCUCCGAUUUCCUCACACGAUCACAACUCUUUCGCAGUCGAGGUCGAGUGUUUGAGCAUUUACUUCCAAGAAAAGAGUAUUUCUCUCAAGCAUUGUACACAUUCGACAUCGGUCAAAACGAUCUUACCGCUGGAUUAAAACUCAACAUGACAGCAGAUCAAAUCAAGGCUUACAUUCCAGAUGUUCUCAAUCAAUUCUCCAAUACAAUUCGUACUGUGUAUAAGAAAGGAGGAAGAAGAUUUUGGAUACAUAACACAGGUCCACUAGGUUGUUUACCUUAUGUUUUAGACCGGUGGCCAGUACCGGACUCUCAAAUCGACGGUCACGGUUGUGCAAUUCCGCGUAAUGAGAUUGCUCGGUAUUUCAACGCCGAACUCAAGAAAAGAGUGAUUGGGUUAAGAAAAGAGCUCGUUAAAGCUGCAAUCACUUAUGUUGAUAUCUACACUAUUAAGCUUACUCUCAUUACUCAAGCCAAGAAACUAGGUUUUAAAUAUCCUUUGGUUGCUUGUUGUGGACAUGGUGGGAAGUAUAAUUUCAACAAGCUUAUCAAAUGUGGAGCUAAAGUUAUGGUGAAAGGUAAAGAGACUGUGCUUGCUAAGUCUUGUAACGACGUGUCGUUUCGAGUUAGCUGGGACGGUGUGCAUUUCACUGAAACGGCAAACCGUUGGAUCUUUCAGCAAAUAAACGGCGGGGAGUUUUCGGAUCCUCGUCUUCCUCUUCAGUUUGCGUGUACCAAAUAG